AUGACAAUGAAUAUUCAAGAUUAUGACAGAAAACCUACCUACUCAUCUUUAAAGCGGAAUAUUCAGUUGUUAGAAAGUGCUUCAGGAUGCUUCACAUGCUUUACAUGUUCACAAUGCAAGGGGCUGAGUAAUGACCAUUUCGAUUGUCUGUCACCCAUAUCUCAUAAACCUGACUCAAGUACUUCCGACCCAGAAGUUUUUGUUUCUCAUUUAGCGAAAUAUCAUUCUGACGAGGAAAGCCAUUUAUGUCUUUACUGUGAUUCCAUGGUUCACCGGAAGUAUUUAAUGAUUCACAUUUCCCAGCACUUACUAACUUCUUCCUCAAAAUCACCAAAAGUCUUCUCUUGCCCAUCUAAACCUCAGUGUUCUCAUGAAUUCAGUACUGAUCGUUUUCAACAUAUGCAGAUUCACUGGGAUACUCAACAUACCAGUUCAUCUGGGACCUCAACCGACCUACAGUGCAGUCAAUGCUUGAAUACAUUUUCUACAUUAUUGGAAUGGGGAGAACAUAUUAAAUUAAAUCUAUGCUCACUUGUACAUUGCACUUUCCCCGGCUGUUUUGUGAAAUCACCAUCUAGAACACUUAUCUUAGAUCAUUUUCGACGAAAGCAUACUGAUUCUGUUGAUCCCAAAACAAAAACGUUUUUUCAGUUAUUUCAUGAAACUUCAGAGUUAAUUUGUAACCAUCUUGUUACAGUUGUUGCUAAGUUAAGCAGUCCCUCACAAUAUAAUAGCAGUUCUGCAUUGACUACAGUUGACCAGUCAUCCGUUAACAAAAUAUUCACAGGUAUUUCCUCUCCGUUCGUCUUUCUUCUUCGUUGUCCUUAUUGUGAUCUUACAACUGUCCGAUGGAUCUAUUUUCUGAUGCAUCCUGCUUCAUGUACAGGUAUAAGGGCAUAUUUACGUAGUCGUCGGCAAGAAUCUGAGAAAGUACUACCUUUAGUUUAUCGUUGCCAUAUCUACUGGUGUUCGAAAUGUCAGGUGGUGUCUACAGAGCAGAAGUUAAUCGCAGAACAUGUUACUUAUUCUCACAAUCCCAAGGAAGCAUCAGUUUAUCGGGAACACUUACGCGUUUCUUUACUGGAUAAUAACUCUGAACCGGUUACAGCUGAUUACUCUCUCAAUAAUGAACAGAAGUUAGAAUCAUCUACGCAUGUUACCGAUUUAUUCCCUCCUUUUUCUUCGAUUCCUGAUGAUGAUAUAGCGGAGACUGAAUCACCUAUGAAUCUUGCAGCUUUGGCACGACCUACUGCAUCAAAGUUAAUAAGUUUGAAUAGCCGUGUUCAGCAAACACCAUCAAGCAACGUUCAUACUCUUUCUAUUAAUCAAUCUUCAUCUAGUAAUAACGGUAUGAUAGUCAGUAGCAGUUCAACAAGUGUUUCAGCUAGUUCACCAAUGAAUAUAAUAAAUAACGCUGCUGGAAAUUUUAGUGCUUGUGAUGCAGCCUCAGCUGUUGCUGCUAUGGCUGCAGCAGCUCUUUCGGGUUUGACAAAUUUCAGUAUAAACAAUGCUGUUCCGAAUUCAAUCAGUACAUUUUCAAAAACAUUACCUUGUGAUAUGUCAUCUCCAAUACCAAUUCAGCCUAAACCCAACAUUUUGCCUACAGAAUCUAUAAAUCCAACUCAAGAUACUAAAGAAGUCAACCAUAAUGAUGCUCUGGGCUCUCAUUCUAGUGACUCCUUAGACUCGCUAGACAAAUCUGCUGACGAGUACUUAUUAUCGGAUGAAAUUAUUCGUGAUAGUGAAGGUUUCGUUUCCUUUCCGUUUGAUGAAUGUAAAUUCCGCAGUGAACUAUGUCUACAAUUACAGCCUCAUUUAGUAGACUUAUUAGCGUUAAAAAUGAAGCAGUUCUCCUCCUACUUUGUCCGGAUUUUGGGAAAAGAAAAUCACCGUCGUAUCCCGGUUUGCCCAGAAUGCAAUAAAGUGUUUCCAUAUGGUCUUGGUGAUUUUAAACGACAUUUACUUACAGUGCAUCUGGAAAUCCCUAGAGAACACUUGAGAGAUUGUUUGCGUUUUACUUAUCUGCCCAAAAGUGAAGAAAAGUUUCAGGAAGUUCAAGAGCAGCUUGCUAUGCGCCAGAUGAGGCCUCGCGUCCUCGAAGUUGGGCGCCGUCGUAUUCCUUUGCCAUACUCAAUACGUAUUUUGCGAAGACUGACUGCCCAUCUUCCUACCGCCACACGAGAAUUCCUGGAGCAAAAGAUGCAGUUGUACAGCCGCCUGUCGGUCAUAGUUGAUACACGCGGAGGGUUUCGGCGGUACAAAUGCAACCAUUGUUCUUAUUCAUCACCACAUGCUCUAGCUGAUGUGAGAAAGCAUAUAUUAGGGUCUCAUUGUGGCAUAUCAACCAAACAUUUUCGCCAUUGUCUGCAGGCAUCCCGUCUGGAUCCCAUCGAAUUUACUCUAUUCUCUGAUGAAAAGUUGGCUCGUCUCGCUAAAGAUUUUCUACAUAGACGUCAAGUUUCAAAUAAUCCAGCCGGUUCAAACGCUUCACCAAAUCCAGUCGAUAACAAUCAUCCUAGUUCUUCUGAGAGUCCUUCCACGACUUCGACUACAGCGUUGAAUAGUUUCUCCAGCAAACAAGAUUCAUAUGUUUCCCAUUUUACCGCCGUUGUGCCGGGUUCUAAAACUAAAGUUACUGUAAGAAUUCGACCUCCAGUACCCCCAGAUUUCCAUUCUCCUAACUCUAUAAGUCCUAUCCAGUCAACCGACAAUCACAUCAAUGGUUCUCCUGUCGUAUCUAAAAUAGAACAGUCGACAUUAUCCUCCAACUCAAGUGUGGAUUUGACUUCACUUCCAUCUAUACCAGGAAUAGAAGGUGCUGAUAGGGUUGUUGAUCUUGCUUUACCAUUUUCUGAGCCAGUUCUUCGUCAUUUGUUGGAAUCCUCUGGUGCUCCUGAACAUCAUAUAGAGGAUAUAGUCUCUAAAAUGCGUGUAUACUCAACCUACAAAAUGAGCCGAAUAUGUCGCAAUGAUCGCACUAUUGCUUUUCGCUGUCCCUGUGGGCGUCUUUUUAUCACGACUCGACAGCCUGAUAGUAAAAUCCGCGCUGCAACAUUAGCUGAUAGUAGACGUCAUGUGAUGGGUGUUCAUGCUCGUAUUCCUAAUGUAUUUAUUACCAUUUGCUGUCAGGCUUCUCGUAUAACUAGGGAAUAUGAUUUUCAAAUCUAUCCCGAUGAUAUGCUUCUUCGACUGGCUAUGGAUAGACCUAUUAAACUUAAUAACCUCCCUAAUGUUGGUCCUUCCGAUGUGACCACUACUAGUAUGAACGGUCGUUCAGCACCAUCUAACUUCGCAAAACCUUUGAAAGAAUUAGCCCCUUAUCCUUCUGUGCCAACAACAGCGCUUCAGCAAUCGAUGAAUACUCACUCUGUUUCGUCUUCACCUCGAACACAAAUUACAGAUGUUGUUGAAACUGAUUCAGUAAGUGAAGGAACUGAUACAGGUGCAGCAAGUAGUUCAAUUUGUUAUGACGACUCACUCACUAAAUAUGACAGUAAUGAGAAUGAUGAUGAUAAGGAAGGCUCAGAUAUUGAUCCUAAGAAGAUGCAAAAAGAAACGGAAGAUCCACUUGCACAAUUGAAUGCUGUCCAGGCUUCUGGUGCAGAGGAAGUAGAACGUGUAAUCGAUCUUCCAUAUUCGUCCGAAGCUUUGAAAACUUUGGUACAGGGCUACUGUCCUCCCAACUAUUUUCCAGUUCUUGAGGCCAAAAUGGGUGUCUACAGUUCACUAAAGGUAUAUAUUACCAGACGGCGAGGUAGGAGAUAUUUUUGCUGUUCUGGUUGUUCCUCAUCUUCACCACAUGGAAUGGGUGACAUUCGAAAACACAUACUUGGUGUGCAUGCUAAAGUACCAGAACGUUAUAAAGCUGCUGCUAUGCAUUGUAGCCGCCUCAGUCGUGAAGAUAACACUCUGCUACCAAACCAUGUUUUACUCCACUUGGCCAAAAUGAAGUGGAAAGGAACUGUGAUUAAACCAUUAUCAGAAAUGGACCUCAGUCAGUUUGGUUCUCGUCGUGCAUCAGCUGUCGGUUUACCUCGCCCAUCAGGCCAGUUUGCAUCUCAGGUUUAUCAACCUACUAUCCAUCGAGAAGUUGUCAGUUUUAACCGUCCCGAACAUCUCUCUUCCAGUCCAAGUAAACAUCCAGUGAAUAAAAGUCUGUCAAAGAUUUCUAUACAAGAUGGAAUUGUUGAUGGAAAUGAUGCCAUGAAUGCAAACAGAACAGGAGGCAAUUUAUUGGAAGAAGAAGAAGGAGAAGAAGAUAAGAUGAACGAUUAUGAUAGUGAAGAAGUGGAUGGCAAUUCUACUACAAUUGAUAAUGAUGAUAUAGAUUUACCUAAAAUAUCGAAUAGCAUUUUUCAAAAUUCAAUGAAUAAUAAUUAUCAAUUGAAUGAUGAUAGUUUUGAUUUAUCAAGACCAGCUAAAUUAUCUCGACUAAAUGAUGGUGAUGAUGAUUCUCUUAGUGCAGUAUAUCCAUUAACAAUGAAUGGUAUUUCUUCUGUGCCUAGUUCUAAUGAAAAUCUAUCUGGUGUAUGCAAUUCCUUUCCUACAAUUCAAAUAUCUAAUACACCGGUCUUUGAAGCAGCACAAAACAAACCAACCAUUACUCUUAGUGGAUCUAGCCGUCGUAAGCCUAAUAAAAUGCACUUAGUACAACUAAGACCAGAUUAUUAUUCAGAGUCGAAUUUCCAGUCAAUUAAUCCUCUGGUAAAUAAUUCUACAAUUUCAUUAUCAAAUCAACAGUCUAACGACACAAAUUCAAUGCAUUCUUCUCAAUUAAUAAAUACUGAUAACAAUAAUAAUAAUAAUAAUAAUAAUAAUAAUAAUGGUAAUAGUAGUAUUGUCGGAACAGACUGUGAUCAUCUUACUAAAAUCAAUCAUCCGCCUGUUAAUUCAGUGCAAAAUCGUAUAGGUGUAUAA